UUUCGUUCUGGCCAUUCGUCACAUCGCGCGCAGUGUUGGCAGUGCCUGAAGUGCAUAUAACUGGAUGAUAUUAAUCGAACUACUUCCACGCACUCAAGAUUCUUUUAUUACGCGCCGGACGCUAGACUCAACGCUGGCAAAAGUGGAAACCUUCGCCGCCGUUUCCAGGUGGAGGCUGCAGCGCUACAAGUGUGUACUCCGCGUCGUCAUCAAACGACAGCUUCGACUUUGUCGACGUUUGGACCAAGAUGUAAAAUAUGUCCUUAUUUUCAACUGCAAUUCGACGAGCGCGGAAAGGCCCGUAGGCUGCGGGCACUUCGUCAUGCUGCCGCGUCUGCAGCGGAGUGGUCGAGCUGGCGCUUUCGAAUAGCGCGUGCCACGCUUCUGCCAUGAGCCGGUGAAGACAACUAAUGACGUUCCAUGUUGACUCUUGCACGGGACGCACGUUUAUUUGCCCACUAAUUUCGUUUUAGGUGCCCUGCGGUAGUACGCCAUGUCAGGUUGGAAAGAGCAAGACGCCAAGGAGCCGGCGUCAGCAGUGAGCAUGAACCCGGACCAGCUGUCGCACGCCCUGGGUGAUGCUCUGGCGAAAGUAUUUGGGCACAAAGCUUAUCGCAGCGGACUGCAGAAGAAGGCGAUCGAGGCGGUGGCGCAGUGCGGCCAGGAUGUUUUCGUGUCCAUGCCGACCGGAGCAGGAAAAUCGCUCUGCUUCCAGCUUCCCGCCGUGGUGACGCCGAAGGACAGCGUUACCGUGGUGGUGUCGCCGCUAAUCGCGCUCAUGACAGAUCAGCUGCAUAAGCUCAAGUCUUUGAACGUCCGUGCCGAGACCAUCAACUCGACCAUGAGCUCCCUGGAACGGCAGCGGGUCAGGCGAGACCUGACCAGCAUGAGCCCGGAGACCCGUCUUCUCUACGUGACGCCAGAGCAGGUGGCCAGCGAAAAGUUCCAAGCUGUCCUCAGUGCACUUUACAAGAUCGGCAAGCUGGCUCGCUUUGUCGUGGACGAGGCGCAUUGCGUGUCCGAGUGGGGUCACGAUUUCAGGCCGGAUUACCUGAAACUCGGCAAAGUACGCGACAUGUUUCCUGACGUUCCUAUGGUUGCCCUCACUGCUACGGCUUCUGCCAAGGUUUUCGACGAUAUUCUGGUGCAGCUCAGGCUCAGACAGCCUGUGGCAAUUUUCAAGACUUCUAGCUUCCGAGCUAACCUUUACUACGAUGUCGAGUUCAAGGAGGCGCUUGACGAGCCUUUUGAGAACUUGAAAAGCUUUUCAAUUCGUGCCCUUGGCGAGGGUUGGGAGGACGAGGACCCAAAGAGGCGGGGAAGUGGCAUAGUGUACUGUAGGACUCGAGAUGCUUGUGAGGAAGUAAGCAUGAAGCUCACGUCCCUUGGCCUGCUCACAAAACCAUAUCAUGGAGGUAUGAAAGCAGCAGAAAGAAAAGAGAACCAGGAUGAAUGGACCAAAGGACAAGUGCCAGUAAUUGCUGCAACAGUUAGCUUUGGAAUGGGUGUUGACCGUGCCAUGGUAAGGUUUGUAGCACACUGGUCAGUUCCUCAGUCUAUUCCAGCUUAUUACCAGGAAUCUGGCAGGGCUGGACGUGACGGAAGGCCAUCAUACUGUCGAAUUUAUUACUCAAGGAAAGACAGAAAGUCUAUUACCUACCUGCUGAAACGAGAUGAACAGGGGGCAAAGACAAAAAGGGCAAAAACUGUAGCAGAGAUGGCCACCAAAGCAUUUGAGAAGAUGGCCGGAUACUGUGAAGGAAUGACAUGUCGCCACACAGUGCUCUGCAGGGAAUUUGGAGAUGACCUGAAAGGCUGUGGAAAAAACUGUGAUGCUUGCAUGAAGCCAAAACAGCUAGAAGCUAGGCUUUCAUCGUUCCGGGCUACUAUGUUGACUGGAACAAUUAAGAAGGAAAGCAAUGGUUUUGAUAAUGAACUUUAUGGUGGUGGAAGGAUUGGUCAGAAAAUGGACAGUGAAUCGUAUGGUGGAGACAGUGGAAGUGAUGAUGAAAGCGGUGACAAAGCAGCAGCUGCUGCUCUUUCACGGGUAAUUCAGGAUGAAUUUGAAAAACGCCGUGGAGCGAAAUCGGAGCAGCCAAAGAAGAGAACUAUACCCAAGAACUGCUCCGUUCUAGAGCCCAAAUGCUCAGCCAUCAAAGAAGUUUCUGUUGAGAUGCGACAAGAUUACCUCACCAAGUUGAAAACAGAGAUGGAGAUGAAUUUCGCUGCAUAUGAGACCUUCAACGAUGAGCCACAGCUGACCCCACGAGAGAUUAGAAACUGCGCUGCUGAACACGAACUCCUCAUAUUCAAAACAAAGAAAAAUGUGCACUUGUAUAGGAAGGAGCUGGUAGGUCUGUUUGUAGCACUCAGAGAAGCUACCCGAGCAGUGAAGCUUCACGAGCUGCUUUUGAAAUGUCGCGAGCCUAAGGAUUCAAAAAAAGAAAAGGGAAAGCCACCCGAGAGGUUGCACACCCUAUUUGACUUUUUUUCAUCCGCUGAAAAUGACGAGUCUUUACUACCUGAGCAGAGCAAGCAAAACAGUGCUGCUGAUACUUCUAACAAGUCAGUGCAGGACAUUGAUCAGGUUGCCGUCGAUGACUUGAAAUCUGUGGACAUGGAAUGCUCAAACGAUUCCUCGCUCAGUAAAAGCAGUGGUGGCCGUGCAUCAAAGCUGGCCGAGCAGUUGCAAGAGGAUUCACCGGUCAGUAAAGGAUCUGGUUGUGCCACUUCACUAACACCAACCCCUCCCAACACAAGUUCCAGCCCAAAGCAUCAGGAUACCGAGACGGAAGCCUCAAGGAUCCGGUAUUUCUUCGAGCGCUCCCCCGUGAAAAAAAAAAGGAAACUAGACUUUGGUAAUUCGGAUAUGGAGACUUCUCCUUCUCGCAAGAGGAAAAAGACAAAGGCCAUGCAGGAGAAGCUGGAAUUACAUGAGACGUCUCGGCACUCCGAUGUUGCUAGGGAGUCAAAGCAUCGUAGUGAGAAACACAGUGAAAGGGGCGACGGAUCGAGCCUGGUGAAGUCGAAAGACUCUAGUCCAAAAAAGCAGAACAUCAAAGAAGAACUAAACCAAGCUGCACGAAAUAUCAACAGGUGCCUCUACCCAAAGUACAAAGACAACAGACUCUCAAAGGAGCUGUUCAAGAAGAUAUGCAAGCUGCUUUCGCACAAGUUGGUUGCUGAACAGACACUGAGCAAGAGGGCUGCUGCAAAAGCAGUCGACAAGCUGUUUGAAGGCAAAGAUGUUGUCACGGAAAGCGACUUGGAUAAGCUGGGCCUCUAAGGACAGUGCCCAACAGUGUAGCAUUGUGCUCCAUUCUGGCUCUCUGCCCUAAUUGAUGGACAGACUGAUGUAAUAGCUCUUGCCAAGAUUGCAAUUUUCUUUUCUUAAAGACCAGAUUAACGUUAUGCAAGAUCUGUUUUUGACAAGGUUAUUAUUAUCAUUCGCUUGUUGUGGAGAAAGCUUUUUUUUCUUGUCAUUAUACAAAUGCGCAUUGAUCACUCACUAUGAAAUAGGCUUGAUGUUGUAUAGUUACCCAUAGUUCCUUAAAGCUAAAACUAUAUUAUGGCAUUAAAGGGGUGUUAAUAGAUAA